AUGUCGAAUACCCAAGCGGAAGGGAUGAUGGAAAGAGAUAUUUCUAAUGCUUCUUUCGCUGAAACAGGUCAAGAAUCAACACAUAAUUAUGAUAGGAACGAGCAAAUAUACGACGUACCGACUGUAUCCCAUACCUCCAUCUCACCAUCCUCAUCACAAGAUGCCUUACAACCUCAGCGAAGUGCAGAAGCCACACUUUCUAGAUCGAGGUCCGUGCAAUCUAGCGAUUUAGAUUAUAUCAAAUCGGAUCACUGUAGAACACCAUUCUUGAAAAGACCUACAGAUGAAGUAGGUGGUCAUUGGUUAGAACAGAGACAUGAAGCUCCGGAAUGGUGGAACUUAUUCUACGAUUUAGCAGUCGUAGCUGUGCUUACAAUUUUCUCAACAAACCACGAACUCAAUCAACCGAGUGCCAUACCUGUCUUUCUCUCCUACUACGCUAUAAUCUGUUGGGUAUGGACAUCCCAGGUCCACUACGAUAUUCGAUAUCAGGCAUUGGACGGAUGGCAUCGCGCUGCAAAGGCUAUACAAAUCAUGACGUUUGUGUAUAUGGGUGCGGCAAGUGGCAAUUGGAAUCCUGCUUUGAUUAGAAAUGACGAGGAUCAUCUGGCUACUAAAUCUAAUAUAAGAGCUUCAGAACAUCGAACCGCAAAUGAGAGUUUCAAAACUGUCUUAGCGUCUUUUGUCAUAUCUAGGGUAUUCUUGGCUUGUCAAUACUUGAUAGCUGCGAUUAUUGGUUUUCGAGCAGGAAGGAAGGUCACACCGCAAAUGUUCACCUUCAUAUCGCUUGUCAUUUCUAGUAUCUUUACCACAUCCGCGAUUAUUCUACCUGCCCGCAGCAGAGUGUUGUCCUUGACCAAAGUUACCCUAUUCUAUACAGGAAUAGGAAUUGAGGUUAUAGCAGUAUGGCUCUCGCUACCUAAAGAUCCUCUUGGUCCGAUCCGGACAGAAGCCAUGGCGAAGCGAUAUGGUGCUUUCACACUGAUAAUAAUCGGCGAAGGUUUCAUCUCCAUUACUCGUGCUUUCAAUCUUGCCAUCUCUGGAUUUGGUAUCACUACCGAUGUGACUUAUCCUCAAGUGAUACUAGCAAUCAUGAUCAUGUAUUUGCUUUUCACUUUCCUAUUCACACGUUUUGAUCCCUCAAGGAAAGUUGAUUCUUGUCGUGCAUUGAUAUGGGAAACCAUACACUUUCCUAUGCAUUUCAACCUAUUACUCCUACUAGCCGCAUUAGUCGUAAGUUGGAUCAGCAUGGGAAACAUAGCUGAUAGUCAGAACGCCAUUGUGGCUUUAUCAUUCGCUCAAGGGAUAAGUCAAGUGACGGACCAUUACAUUAGUACGAUUGAAGCUAUCACGAAUGGCACGGACAUCAGCAUGAAAGAACAGCAUUUUGUUGCACGGUAUUUUGACCAGCUGUAUUUACAACCAGACUAUAACACGGAAAUUUCGUUGCUGCGUAAUCUGAGUAACACAGAAAUCCCCAUUGAGGAUCCGACCAUUUUGGCCUACCAAUAUCUCGGACAGAUCAUGUUUCAAGUGACCAAUAAGUAUGGGAUCGAACUAGAUGAUACUAUGGUCGAGAACCUACAAAGUUUAUAUGCACUCAAUACCACUUGGUCAUUUAACGAUACCAUCCGAGGGGAAAUGCAAAGCGAGGCCUUCACCCUCCUUCGAGAAAUAAUUCAAGAACCAGCCUCAGCCUCUUUAUCAGGUAUACUAUGGUUGUUCCCCACAGCCGGUAUCGCUUUGAUAUUCUGUGCCGUCCGGUCAAUACUAUGGCACCGACAUAACCCUAUUGGUCAAACGCUGGUACAUAUCAUGUGGAUUACCCUCGGUCUGAUUCUUGCUUGUUUGGGAUUGUUGGAUAUAGGAAGUAAGAAUUUCGAUAUUUUCGCUGAUUCAGUUAAGGACGAGUUGAGAGGUGUAAAUCCCAUGUAUUGGCUCGUACAUGAUAGGAUACCAUUGGUUAUCGUCAUGGUCUUCUAUGUCGUUGCAUACCUUCUAAACUUAAUUAUAUUGAGAGUCAUGGAUAAAUGGCGAUGUAGUCAUCAUUCAAUGGACAAGGGAGGAAGGAAGUAUGAUGAUACAGUGGACUGA